AUAUAAUUUUUUAUUAUUUCUUUUUUUUAUAAUAAUAAUAAAAAUAAUAAUCUUUUUUUAAAAAAAUGGCUUCUGGUAAUAGUAACGAUAUUAACGAUCAUACUAGUAAUGAUCAUAAUGAUACUAAUGAUCAUAAUAAAAGUAAUGAUCAUAACGAUAGUAAUAAUCAUAAUGACAGUAAUAAUCAUGACGAUAGUAAUAAUCAUAGUAAUCAUGACGAAAACCAUGAAGAAUGUUUAUUUUGUUCUAUAUCAGCAAGUCGAGAUUCUACAAGUUUACUUCAUGUUGAUGAAAUAGUCGUAGCAUUUAAUGAUAUAAAACCAUCCGCAACUCAUCAUAUUCUUGUUGUACCAAAAAAACAUAUCCCUAGUAUUAAUAAUUUAAAAAAAGAUGAUUUGGAAACAGUUAAAAAAAUGAAAGAAGUCGGAUUAAAUAUAAUCUCUUGUAGAUUAAAUAAAUCCGUUGAUGAAUUAAAUAAGGGAAAAACAUAUCAAAUGGGUUUUGUUUCACCACCAUUUAAUAGUAUAAAUCAUAUUCAUUUACAUAUACUUUCUAAACCUGUAACAACUUGGUGGCCAAAAUCUUUGGCUUUUGGUAAAUUUAUUUUUAAAGAUAUUGAUGAUGUAAUUUCUAAAAUGGAAAAAUAAAUGGUUAAGUUAAAAUAUAAUACUAUAUAUAUAUUAAAGAGAAAAAGAAAUAUUUUAAAUUAUAACUAAUAAUAUUUUUUUUUUUAUUAAUAUAUAUAGUAUAUACAACAAAAAUUGUUUAUACCCAAUUUUAAA